CAGGCCGUGAAGCAAAUUUUACAUUUUUAGUCUUUUUCUGUGCAUGAGAAUCGAACCGGGCCUAAUCGAAAUCACUCCCGGUUCAAUACUUUCGGCUAUUUACCGAUGGGACUGGGAAUUCUCAAAUGGUGAGAUAAUUGCAUAUCCACCGCCUAUCUUCCUUCAUCAGCUGCUCCCGAGGCUGAGUAAUUCGGUUUCCCUCGGGUACAUGGAGACAUCCAACACCUCGUCAGGUAGCCAGGCAUCUUUACAAAAACAGUGCAUUUCUUGAAGAAACGCCAGCGUCAGUACCAUCAUCAUGUCUUCCCCCCAAGUAACCCUCUACACCGCUGCUGCACCCAACGGUUGGCCCAUCUCAAUAUUCCUCGAAGAGCUCGGGAUAUCCUACGAAGCCAUUAAGAUGUCCAUCUCCGACUCUGACAUUGGAAAAGUCCACAACCAAGUCAAAUCUCCAUGGUAUCUAGAGAUCAACCCCAACGGUCGUAUUGCUGCAAUCACCCAUAACGGAUUCAACGUCUUUGAAACGAGUGCCAUUCUGGCGUAUCUACAAGCGGAGUUUGAUAAGGAGAACAAAUUUGGGUUUAGUCCCGUUGGAAACCCGAAGGAGUAUAGUGAGGUGUUGCAGUGGUUGUGCUUUGCGCAUGGAGGUAUAGGCCCAAUGCAAGGACAACUCGGCCACUUCAAGAUGUAUGCACCGGAACAAAUCCCAUACGCGCAGAACCGUUAUCUAAACGAAGUAAAGAGGCUUUAUGCGGUCCUCGAUUCGCGAUUGGCGAAACACUCAUAUCUCGCUGGGGAUAAGUACACGAUUGCUGAUAUCAAGGCCUAUGGAUGGGUCCGACUUGGCGUACUGUUCGCAGAGAGGUAUGGCCUUGAUCCAAAUGAUUGGCCGCAUGUGAAGGAAUGGAUUGAUAGAAUCGAAAGUAGGCCGGCUGUUCAGAAAGGCGUGAAGGUACCUUAAAUUUUGGGAGGAUGGUAUGAUCGCGAUGUACUAUGUAUUUGGAUGAAGAGAAGGCUUUGAGUCGGAGACCUG